GAUAUGUUUCUCUUUCAAGUACUUACAUUCACACACAUUAAUUUGAAGUACUUGCUCUUCAACAUUCUUUUGAAGCUCACUUCCCUCCUAUAGCAAAGACCAAACACAGUGCUGAUUAGUCUUUCUGAGUCAGCACAGAUAAUUUGAGUUGCUAAGCUAAAAUCAAGAGUAUGUGGAAGCUCAAGGUUGCUGAAGGGCAUGGACCAUGGUUAUAUAGCACUAACAAUUUCGUCGGUAGACAAAUUUGGGAGUUCGACCCUGAAGCCGGGACACCGGAGGAGAGAGCACAAGUUGAGAAAGCUCGAGAUGACUACCGGAGAAACCGGAUAAACCGAUCCCGAGCUAAACCCUGUGGUGAUGUUCUAAUGCGAAUGCAGCUUAAGAGGGAAAAUGGAAUUGAUCUAAGCAUACCGCCUGUGAGAAUUGGAGAAAAUGAAGAAAUAACCUAUGAAGCUGUGACAACUGCAUUGAGGAAAGCUGUUCGAUUAAAUCGUGCAAUCCAAGCAAGUGAUGGGCACUGGCCAGCUGAAAAUGCAGGCCCAAUUUUUUUUGCUCCCCCCUUGAUCAUUAUCCUAUAUAUAAGUGGAACAAUGAAUACUGUCCUAACAGUGGAACACAAGAAGGAGCUGAUUCGCUACAUUUACAAUCACCAAAACGAUGAUGGCGGAUGGGGAUUCUAUAUCGAGGGCCACAGCACCAUGUUUGGCUCCACACUUAGCUAUGUUGCAUUGCGUUUACUAGGAGAAGGACCUGAUGACGGAGAAAAUAGAGCUGUUGCAAGAGGCCAGAAAUGGAUUCUUGAUCAUGGUGGUGUUACUGAGAUACCCAAUUGGGGAAAACUCUAUCUUUCGGUGCUUGGCGUGUAUGAAUGGUCAGGCUGCAAUCCAGUGCCCCCAGAAUUCUGGCUUUGCCCAUCAAUUUUGCCUUUUCAUCCUGCAAAAAUGUGGUGUUAUUGUCGCACCACUUACAUGCCAAUGUCGUAUUUAUACGGGAGAAAAUAUGUGGGACCGAUCACCGAUCUUGUCAAAUCAUUGAGACACGAACUUUACUCCCAUCCAUAUGAUCAAAUAGACUGGAACAAAACACGCCAUAACUGUUGCAAGGAGGAUCUCUAUUACCCUCAUACCUUCAUACAAGAUCUGACUUGGAAUACUCUGCAUUACUUCACCGAGCCGAUUAUAAAGAAAUGGCCCUUCUCCAAGAUUAGAGAAAGAGCUCUAGGAAAAGCAAUCAAGUAUAUGCGUUAUGCAGCUGAGGGGAGUCGAUACAUCACUAUAGGAUGUAUAGAGAAGUGUUUACAAAUGAUGGCAUGGUAUGCACAUGACCCAAAUUGUGAUGAAUUUAAAUAUCAUCUUGCCAGAGUUCCUGAUUUUUUGUGGUUAGCAGAAGAUGGAAUGAAAAUGCAGACUUUUGGCAGUCAGAUAUGGGACAGUACCCUUGCUACUCAAGCAAUUCUUGCCAGUAAUCUUGUUGAUGAAUAUGGAGACACUCUUAAAAAAGCACACUUUUACAUCAAAGAAUCACAGAUGAAAGAAGAUCCAGCUGGGGAUUUCAAAAGUAUGUAUCGUCACAUUUCUAAAGGAGGAUGGACUUUCUCCGAUCAAGAUCAGGGUUGGGUUGUCUCAGACUGCACAGGGGAGGCAAUGAAGUGUCUAUUAUUACUUUCACAAAUGCCACCAGAAAUUGCUGGAGAAAAAAUUGAUGUCAAGCGAUUGCAUGAAGCCGUGAACAUUCUUCUCUACUUACAAAGUCCUCAAAGUGGUGGUUUUGCUAUUUGGGAGCCAGCGAUCCCACAACCAUAUUUACAGAUGCUGAAUCCUUCGGAACUUUUUGCAGAUAUAGUUGUUGAGCAAGAGCAUGUUGAAUGCACUGCGUCUGUAAUACAAGCUCUAAUAUUGUUCAAACGUUUACAUCCGGGGCAUCGGGAGAAAGAAAUAAACAUUGCUGUGGAAAGGGCAUUACAUUUUCUUGAAGAGAGACAAUGGCAAGACGGUUCUUGGUAUGGCUAUUGGGGAAUUUGCUUCAUCUAUGGCACAUUUUUCGUGCUGAGAGGGUUUGCUUCUGCCGGGAACACAUAUAACAACAGCCCAGCAGUUCGCAAAGCAGUUCAGUUUUUGCUUUCAGUACAAAAUGAAGAGGGAGGAUGGGGAGAGGAUCUGGAGUCAUGCCCAAGUAUGAAAUUCACACCGCUGGAAGGAAACAGGACAAACAUAGUACAAACAUCUUGGGCUAUGAUGGGUCUUAUUUUAGGUGGACAGGCUGAGAGAGAUCCAACACCUUUACAUAAAGCAGCAAAGUUAUUAAUUAAUGCACAGUUAGAUGAUGGUGAUUUUCCGCAACAGGAAAUUACUGGAGUCUACAUGAAGAAUUGUAUGCUGCAUUAUGCACAAUAUAGGAACAUUUUCCCGAUGUGGGCACUUGGAGAAUAUCGCAAACAUGUUCAGUUCCCUUCCCAGAAGCUCUAAAAUCCAAUUUCACAUGUAAUAUAUUAAUAAAAGCACAGUCUAACCACAAUACCUGUCUGCAUGUAUGCAUCAAUUUACCAAAGGAGAUCUAAAGAUGUCUUGCAGUGAGAAAGUCCAAUAAUAUUACAAGAGUGAAAACUCCACUGUAUUUUUUA